UAAGCCGAGAUCUUCUCAGUCGUGUCCAUGGCGAGAAGUGUAUCUGCAAGAGGGAAGAUGGUGACGGUCCUGAGCAUCGAUGGGGGCGGUGUGAGAGGGAUCAUUCCUGGCACAGUCCUCGCCUUUCUCGAAUCCAAGCUUCAAGUAAUAUCACCCACUUAUUUUUAUUUGUCAAUGAUUUUUUUUGUGGAUAAUGUAGGACGAUGAUCUACCACCUAUUAGUAGACGAUUAAGUGUCGCGGUCGCCCAUCCUGAUCACACAGCCAGUGUAGGCAGCUGGGUGAAACUUAGGAACUAGAUGGACCGCAUAAGAGAAUUGCAGAUUACUUCGACAUAAUUGCCGGUACAAGCACAGGUGGAUUGGUGACGGCGAUGAUUGCAGCACCAAAUGAGGACCAUCGUCCGAUGUUCGCAGCCUGUGACAUCAAUAAAUUUUACUUAGAGCAUUGUCCUGAAAUAUUUCCUAAGAAAAAUCCAAUAAGAAGCAUGGUAGGCGCAUUCACGGGGCCAAAGUAUGACGGGAAGAAGUUGCGAUCCCUGGUCAAUGGCUUGCUCGGAGACACCGCUCUCAGUCAAACCUUGACCAACGUGGUCGUCCCGACUUUCGACAUCAAGCGUCUCCAACCAGUCAUCUUCUCUACCAAGGACGCAAGAACAAAUCCUCUAAAGAAUGCGCGGCUGGCUGAUGUUUGCAUCGGCACCUCCGCAGCUCCCACGCUCCUCCCGGCGCACUACUUCGAGACCAGAGACCAGAAUGGGAAGAUCUGUAGCUUCGAUCUCAUUGACGGCGGGGUCACCGCAAAUAACCCUACCUUAGUUGCUCUGAGCCACAUUAAGAGAGAGAGCCUCUUGCAUGACGGAGAGUUCAAGGACAUAAAUUUAAGAGAGACCGAUCCAAUACUAGUGCUAUCACUCGGUACUGGUGCGGCCAAGCAUGAAGAGAAGUAUAGUGCGACCAAGGCCUCUAAAUGGGGACUCAUCGGUUGGAACUUUCACAAUAGUUUCACUCCGUUGGUCGAUAUCUUCAAUGACGCGAGCUCUGAUAUGGUCGAUAUUCACUUGUCUACUCUCUUCCAAUUUUUAAAAUGCGAGCAACAUUACCUUAGGAUUCAGGAUGACACUCUGACUGGAGAAGAAUCAUCAGUUGAUGUUGCCACCCCGAAGAAUCUCCACAUGCUCAUGGAAAUAGGGCAACGACUAUUGCGGAAACCAGUGUCGAGGGUAAACUUGGAGACCGGUAGGUUCGAAGAGAUUGAAGGAGAAGGCUCAAAUGGAGACGCGCUCAGUCACUUUGCAAUUCGACUAUCUGAAGAAAGGAAGAGGCGAAACAAGUAGGAAUGGUGGAUCAUCAUUCGUGAUGAUGCAGCUUAGAUAAACUUGAGAAAGUUUACAAAAUCUUACAAGAAAAAUAAUGAUCUUAUGAGUAAAGCUCUUCGUGAUAUUAGUAGAAA